AUGGGUUCGGAUGGCGAGCAGUUAAUAUCUGUUGUAAAAUGGGGAUCUGUCAAUGGUCAAGGCGUCGAAAAGUACACUUUGAAAAACAAAUUAGGUCAAGAAGUGGACAUUGUAACAUAUGGUGCAACGAUAACGUCUAUCAGAACCCCGGACAAACACGGAAAAGUAGCAGACAUCGUAUUAGGUUUUGACAACGUAGAA